AUGGUCCUCUGCGUCCCGCUCGCCGACGUCAUCCGACAGAUCAACCAAUUCCACGACGAGACCGCCGCCCACACCUGUGUCACCGUCGUCACCGUCUUCCGCGCCUACCUGCUAGAUGAAGAGGAGGAGCGCCAGCUAGCCGACUACGUCCUCGCCGAGCUGCGCCACCCCUACUUCCGCGGCUCCUCCGACGACCUGCGCACCGUCCCGCUCAGCGACCUCCCGCGCAACGUCAUCGCCGGCUUGCGCGGCUACCGCCUGGACGUCGCCUGGGGCCAGGACCCGUGGCUGGACACCAACUCGGCCGACGAGAAGAUCGCCUUCCUGUCGCGCACGCUGGCCGCCACCAAGCCCCACCCCCUGCGUAACAACCUCUUCGUCCUGGGCUGGACCGUCACCCCCUCCGUCCUGGACAUCGCCUUCCGCGUCCUCUCGCUCGGCACCCUGAGCCCCGGCGUCAAGCAGGAGGCCGUCAAGAUGAAUCGCCGCUUUUCCCCGUUUUUGAACGACCACACUCAGCAUAUGAGUGAGCGCGUCAACGUCAUCUUUUUUGACUGCUUCGAGGCACCUCAUGCCGAGAUUGUCAGGUCGCUAAACACCUUUGCCUCCGAUACCGAUGACUCCGCCGAAUCAUGACACGCCGUCCAACUCGCCGGAGCCGCAGCUCGCUUACCCUUGCUCUUUGUGUUUGUUCUUUUUUUUUGGCGCCGCCGACGCCGCGCUCACAGUGCCAUCGCGCAGCAGGCCCGGAAGAGCGACGGUACGUAUUGCCCCGUGCCAUGCGACAAGUAUGGGACGUGAAGCACGUCGUGGCAUAGAGUUUGCGUGCCUUGUGAGCCCACUCCCAUCUGUACACUACAUCUACGCAGCAAGAGCCAGACCUGGUCCGUCACUUUGCUGCACCACUCUCCAUACAGCCUGUCGCGAACGAAUUGUAGUGGCGUUCAUGCUCAUGUCCUCUCGUUUAACUGGCUGCAUUACCGUAUACUACUAGUAAAUUCGAAUGAGUUCUAU